AUGAGUAAUUUCUAUGAUGGGUUUUCCUACCCUCUCCCACAAUCCAGAACUUUGAUCCAGGAUGAUUCUGACUAUCCAAGCACAUCUUCUCUUCAUUCAUCGAGCGGAUCAUGUGGCAGUAUCCUUGGACAUACCCACCGAGGAUCUCAAGCACAUAUAGGACACAACCAGUCUUGUGAACAAGACUUUUAUAAUAGUGAUGCCGCUUCACCAGAUGGUAGUGGAACCUCGUUUACUGAAAACUCACUCUCACGACUGUCCAGUGAAUUUUCUCUGUUGCACACCAAGUACACAGAGUGCCAGCGAGAUAAUGCUUCUUUGCUCCACAAAAAUAGUGACCUAUGUUCGAAAAUUCGAGAUCUCCAGAAUGAGCUUUCAUUCAAAGAAGGUGAAGCUAGAGCGACAGAGAAACUAUACCAACAACUACUUUCACGUAUUGACUCACUCGACCGCCCCAAAUCUGCCACAAAUGUAUCCAAUCCAAUCCUCCUCCUCGCCAAUCAACCUGACCACUUCCCUCUUCAUGCUGAGGAUGACUUUCUUGACGACGAGCUACCAUCUUUGCUGUGGACAAAGCAGGACUUCAACAACGCUAAGCAAAAUUCACGUGGUAUCUUGCAAGCUCAAGCUAGUGACGAUGCCGAUGCUGAAACAUUAUCUUACAUUGUCGACGAGCUUGGUACAGUUGCAUCUGCCAAUGUUCAGAAAUCAAUGCGUGAUUACCAGAGAACUGUUUGGAAGACUUUACGAAAGCAUGGAUAUGCUGCACCAUCGUGGAAACACACCGACAAGAUGGGGAAGGAGUUCUAUUAUCGAUGUAUGCACAAAAAAUUCCCUCAGUUCCAUUUAUGCAACAACGAUUGGAAAGCAGAGGCAUUCGCUGUACACUAUUACUCUCAAUGGAGCGAACACCUGAAGGAUGACCGGGACCCACAGACCAAGGUCAAACUUGAGAAAAAGGAUGCUACAGUCAACUUGAAGCUCGAGCCUGCUAUGCUGCCAGCGGCAGAACCUGGCAUCAAGAGUUCAAAACGGCCAUCAUCACUUACAGCUGUGACAUCCGAUCGUAUCAAGAAGACAAAAUCUUUACCAUCAUCCGAGUCGAACAUCCAGGGCCCACAACGAACAGUCCAUAUUGCUCGCCGAGUGCAAGUCGUAAAUACAAAUCCACUAUCAGCAUUACCAGCGGCACUUCCCCACCCAGUAGUCCCUUCGAAUGAGCACGACACACUCAAAGAAAAUGUUACUGAGCCUCUUCAAAUCAAUGAACUUGAAGAUGUCAUUUUCGGUCAUGGUGGUCACGAUGUUCCCCAAGACACAACAGACUCGGAUAUUAUCUUACUUGAUCCAAUUGCUGCACAGCCUGCACUCUGUGCUGUUCCCAGUGUGGGAUCUGUAACACCUACUAGAGCCCCAGCUCUCCCUACGCCUGCCCCCGCUCUGCUAGACUCCCCGCGCGGCGGUGCGCCGCCUGCGCCUAGAAAGACAGCGGUCUGGACCGCUAUGACCCCGCCUGGCGCUAUGACCCCGCCCCUGGCCUAG